AUGGUGGAGGAAGUUCUCUCAGCGCUGCAAGUAAGAACAGGGGGACACUAUAUAGACGGCACUACUGGGGAGGGGGGUCAUUCGCUUGCGAUAUUGGGCGCAGUAUCGCCCCCACCGCAUCUGCUCUGCCUUGAUGUAGAUGCGGAAGCUUUGGAAGCAGCAGGAAAUCGAAUGAUGGAAUACGGCGGGAAUGCCACUAUGAGGCAGGCAAGCUACAGCGAUGUAGCGGAAGUGGCGGAGGAAGCGGGUUUCCUGCACCCAGACGGGAUGCUACUAGAUUUAGGGCUGUCAUCACUGCAGUUGGAUAAGGGAGAGCGCGGCUUCAGUUUCAGGCAGGAAGCGCUAUUGGAUAUGCGCUUUGAUCCAUCGCAAUCGCUAACCGCCGGUGACAUCGUAAAUGGAUACAGGGAAGUGGAAUUGGCGGAUAUUAUCUACCGCUACGGGGAAGAAAGAAGGUCAAGGCGGAUUGCACGGGCAAUAGUUGGCAGCCGUCCGGUUGGAACAACGACACAGCUUGCGGAAAUAGUAACAAACUCGGUUGGAAGGCGCAGAGGCAGGAUUCACCCUGCAACAAAAACAUUUCAGGCGAUACGCAUUGCAGUUAAUGAUGAGCUCAGCAACAUACAGCGCGGACUUGAGGGAGCGGUUGACACACUUGGCGCCAAGGGACGCCUUGCUGUCAUCGCAUACCACUCCAUCGAAGACCGCAUCGUCAAGAACGCACUGCGUUUCAUGGCUUCAAGUUGUAUAUGCCCGCCUUCAGUUCCGCAAUGCGUAUGCGGACAUGUUCCGACAGUCAGAAUUGUCAACCGACGAGUCAUUAAGCCUUCAACCCAGGAAGUGCGCUCGAAUGCGAGAAGCCGCAGCGCCCGCCUUCGAGUUGCUGAAAGAUUACAAAUUCAGGCCAUUUAG